CUAGGACAGGUGGGCGAGCAAGCGCUCAGCCAAGAGGGGUGGGAUUUGCCAACAGCUGCCCAAGCGCCUCCGAAAGAGAUCUAACAAUUCAAAAGCAGCUGCUUCGGGAAUGAAUCUACUACCGGAUCGGAAUCGCGAUCCACUGAGAAGAUCCGGCGUGAAACUCGGCGGGUUGAUUUUUAAGAGAGCCGAGAGAGAACUUACAAGAUAAAACUUCUUCAGCUAUUUAAAUGAGAAAAAUAUAAAAGGGCCAUCAAAUUUACUUAACGAUAAUCUGAAACACUGAUCGAAAAUCAUGAAAGAAGCAAAUCCAAUAAAUCAAGGCGACAGUUCAACGGAGUUAGAUGUAAUAAUUGAAGAAAAAGAAGAAGAACAUGAAUUACAAGUCCAUGCUCGAUUGAUUUUUAGCAAAGAACAGGAGCAAGAUCUACGCGAGGCAUUCAACCUUCUAGACUAUACAGGAGAAGGGAAAAUAAGAGCCGAGGAUUUUCGUGUUGCCAUCAAAGCAUUAGGUUACGAGCCAACUAACGAGGAGCUGCAGACAAUGAUAAGAGCGGUGGACAAAGGAGACACCGGGAAAUUGAGCUUCGAAAAUUUCGAAACGGCCAUAAUGAGAAAGAUCAUGGCCCUGGACAGCGACGGCGAUAUCAUGAAGAGCUUCCGACUCUUCGAUGACGAUGACAGUGGUUUCAUAAAUUUCGAAAACGUCAAGAAAGUAUCUCAAAUAUUAGGUACUUAUUUAACGGACGAGGAGAUUGAAGAAAUGAUUGACGAUGCCGAUAAAGAUUUCGACGGACUGAUAUCGGUCGAAGAAUUUAUGAAAAUGAUAAAAAAUAGUGUUCACAUAGAAACUCUGUAGGGUUUUGACGAUGUUCAAAAAUUAAAAUGUACUAUUUUGUAGUUUUUUUUAAA